UAUGAAUUAAUUGAAAGAAACAAUAUAGGAAUAUAUGAAUAAGAAUGUUAAGCCAAUAUUUGAUUAACUAUUAGCCUAAUUGUUGCUUGCUAGACCAGAGGAUAUUGUGAGUUGGUGUAUAAAUUGGCUUUAAUAAUUAUGUAAGAAAUAUAUGAUUUUAAGAAUUGACAAAUACUAAAGUAAAAACCUCAGAAGAAUAACAUUAUCAAAGUGAUGAAGAAGAAGAUGAUGAGGAUGAAGUUUAACCUAUUUAGAAAGAAUCAAAAAAAACAAAUAGAACAGGAGUUUCAGCUGAAGUUUAUGGAUAAUUUAAUAAAAAAGAGGAUUUUAAACCAAGGGUUAUUGAAAAAAAUAAAGAUUAAAUUGAUAGAAUAAGAAAAAAGAUUUUAAAUUCAUUUCUAUUUUAAGCAUUAGAUGAAUAAAAUCUAUAAACUGUUAUAGAUGCAAUGGAAGAGAAAAAGUUUUAGUAAUUAUAUGAAUUUUUCACAAUUUUUUAGGCCUGGAGAUUACGUUAUUCGUUAAGGAGAUGAUGGAAAUGAAUUAUAUGUAAUUGAUGAGGGAGAAUUAGAAUGUACAAAGAAAUUUCCAAAUCAAUCUCAAGAAAAAUUCUUAAAAAAGUAUUUACCUGGAGAAUCUUUUGGUGAACUUGCUUUGUUGUAUAAUGUACCUCGUGCUGCAACUAUUAAAGCAAUAUAACCUGUAGUAGCUUUUGCUUUAGAUAGAGCAACCUUUAAUAAUAUUGUGAAAGAUGCAGCUAUUAGAAAGAGAGAAUAGAUGGAAUAAAUUUUAAAUAAAAUUGAAAUUUUAUAGUCUAUGGAUACUUAUGAGAGAUUAUAGUUUUGUGAUGUUUUGAGAGAAGUUAAAUAUUAUAGAGGAGACAAAGUUAUUAAAUAAGUUAUAAUAUUAUUAUAAUUUAAUAGGGAGAGUAAGGAGAUACAAUUUAUUUAAUUGCUGAAGGAGAAUUGGAAGCUUAUAAAGAUGGUUAAUUAGAAAAAGUUUAUGCCUACAAAUCAGGAGAUUAUUUUGGAGAAUUAGCAUUAUUAAAAAACACUCCUAGAUAGGCAUCUAUUAUAGCAAUAGUAAUUCUACAUAAAUUAAUAUUUAUAGACAGAUUGUACUUUAUAUUAUUGUGAUUUUAAAUCAUUUACAAGAAUGAUGGGUCCAUUGGAGUAAAUUCUAAGAAGAAAUGUUUAAAGAUACGAGCAUUAUCUUCAUUGAAU